AAUGUGGCAUGAAGAUAAACAAGCCGCACACCAUGUACACUGCCGAGAUUAUCAGCCUUACAAAUAAUUAUCAAAUAAUCUAUCCAAAUCUGUUUGUUGGUUGUUUUCCUACUUUGUGAGCGGGUUAUAUUUAAACGACAUCCAGGAUGGUGUCGUACGAGAGGCUAAACCCUGAAGAUAUCCAGUUUUCUACUGCAGUUUUGUCUUCAGAGCCGCGUCGCAUCCAGCAAGAUGUUUCUGAGCUAGAAGAAGCGUCCUUACUUCCCCGGAGGCCGGCGUGCUCUGUCACCACAGGCCUCUUGAUAAUUGGCUGCCUGCUGCUAGUUCUUUGUGGAGCCUGGCUGCUUGGCACCAUGUUUUGGCUGCAUGGUCCAUCUGACCUACAGCCACACAAACCGCCACAGCCAGCCACAUCAAAUGCAACCCAAAGACAAGUCAACAACACCGCAGCCGCUUUCCGCCAUGAGGCCUGCAGUUUGAUCCCAGAGGCGUGGAGGUUUGACUGCUACCCUGAAAGAGACGUGGUUGUGACCAAAGAAUUGUGUGAAGCACGGAACUGUUGCUUUAACCCCACUCCCUCUCCUGGCACUCGCCCGCCACAAAAGAAUGGCAUCCCUUGGUGUUUCUAUCCUAAAGAUUUCCCAUCAUAUUCUCUUGUGUCGGUUAAAGACACAGCACUGGGACAGAGAGCUAAACUUGUGAGGCAGGUGAAGACCUAUUACCCAGCUGAUAUCCUCACUCUACAGCUGGACGUACUACAUGAGACAGAUACACGUCUACGUGUCAGGAUUACCGACCCUUCAAAUGCAAGGUUCGAGGUGCCUAUCCCUGUACCCACCACCACCAAGAAGGCACAGAGUCCUCAGUACACUGUAGAGCUUUCCAAAGACCCCUUUGGUCUCAUUGUGAAGAGGCGCUCCACAGGAGCAGUAGUACUGAACACCACAGUGGCUCCUCUCUUCUACGCUGAUCAGUUCCUCCAGUUGUCUACCUCCCUCCCCAGUCAGUUUAUCUACGGCCUGGGCGAACACCGCUCCACGUUUCUCCAUGAUGUUCACUGGAACACCCUCACCAUGUGGGCGAGAGACGUACCCCCAACGGAAAAGACCAACCUGUACGGGGUACAUCCAUUUUACUUGGCCAUGGAGAAUGAAGGGACGGCACAUGGCUGCUUCCUACUCAACAGCAACGCAAUGGAUGUGGUCCUCCAGCCAGCCCCAGCCCUCACCUGGCGGACUAUCGGAGGGAUCCUGGACUUUUACGUCUUUCUUGGUCCUGAUCCCGCUGCAGUCGUUGAACAGUAUGUUGACGUCAUAGGACACCCAGCUAUGCCCAUCUAUUGGGCUUUAGGAUAUCAUCUCUGUCGCUGGGGUUAUACCACGAGUGAGUCUACUUGGGAGGUUGUCAAAAGCAUGAGAAAUAAUGAGAUCCCUCAGGACGUCCAGUGGAAUGACAUAGACUACAUGGACCAAUUCAUGGACUUCACUUUUGACUCCACAAACUUUGCCACUCUGCCUGACCUGGUUAAAGACCUGCACUCUCAUAACCAGCGCUACGUCAUGAUCCUGGAUCCAGGAAUCAGCAGCGCUCAGCCAAAGGGCUCGUACUGGCCAUAUGACGAAGGGCUGAAGAGAGGCGUAUUUAUUAAAGACGCUGGAGGAAAAACUCUCAUUGGGAAGGUGUGGCCUGGUCUGACAGCAUAUCCUGAUUUCACUGAUAAUGCGACUCAUGAGUGGUGGUACGAAAACCUCCGGAGGUUCCAUGAGAAGGUGCCGUUCGAUGGGUUAUGGAUUGACAUGAACGAGCCGUCCAAUUUCAUGGACGGAUCCACUAAUGGCUGUCCGUCAAACAGUCUUGAAAACCCUCCUUACACACCAGGCAUCCUCGGGGGUUUGCUAAGGGCUAAGACCGUGUGUGCCACGGCACAACAAAAGCUGUCCAUACACUACAAUAUGCACAGCCUCUAUGGACUUGAAGCUAAGGCCUCUGCAAGUGCUCUGAGCCGGAUCAUGAGCAAGAGGCCUUUUGUAAUCUCUCGCUCCACCUUUCCCAGUCAGGGGGUGUAUUCUGGCCACUGGCUGGGAGAUAACAGGAGCCACUGGAAAGAUCUUUACACAUCUAUAGCAGGUAUGUUGACCUUUAACCUUCUGGGAAUACCACUGGUGGGAGCAGAUAUCUGUGGCUUCAGUGAGGAGCCAGAGGAGGAAAUGUGUGUCCGCUGGACGCAGCUUGGAGCUUUUUAUCCCUUCACACGCAACCACAACUCUAUUGGCAUGAAGCCUCAGGAUCCCACGGCGUUCAGCCCUCUGGCUCGCACAGCCAUGAAGGAGGCUCUACUGCUGCGUUAUUCUCUCUUCCCCGUCCUGUACACCCUCUUUCAUCAUGCACAUGCUCACGGACGCACCGUCGCACGUCCACUAAUGUUUGAGUUUCCAAAUGAUGUCAAAACCUAUGGCAACGACAAACAGUUUCUGUGGGGGAAGAGUUUAUUGGUGACACCAGUGUUGGAGUCUGGAGUUGAUAAUGUAGAUGGUUACUUCCCAGAGGGUGUGUGGUAUGACUUCUACACGGGGGACUCUCUGAGCAGUAAAGGUGAAGAGCUUCGACUCAGCGCUCCUCUGGACAAGAUCAACCUUCAUUUGCGUGAAGGAUCUGUGCUUCCAACACAGAAGCCCAACCUGACCCUGUGGGUGAGCACUGGGCAGCCUCUCCAUCUGGUCGCGGCUCUGUCUGACGAUGGUUCAGCCAGCGGAGAUCUGUUCUGGGACGACGGGGAGACCAUUGACACCUAUGAAACCAAGCAGUAUGCCUACGUCACCUUCACCGUUGCUCAGAAAACACUGACGUCCCAGGUGCUCCACAACAACCCGGAGGCCAGAGUCCUCACAGUGGAGUCAACCACCUUCUACGGUGUGAAGCAGAAACCAAACAGAGUGCUGGUCAACUCCAAAGAUGCACAGUUCACCUACAGAGAAAACCAGGUGUUAACAGUUGCAGACCUUGCGCUCAGCCUCGGUCAAAACUUCACUAUCACCUGGAUAUGAUCAGUCCCUCUUCUGUCAUAUUUGUCAUUGUUACUACUGGGUCAGAUGCUGGGACUUUGCAGCCUGUAGGAGUUAUAACAGGGUAUUGUGGUACACUGAAUAUGUGCGUUUCCAAGCAGUCAGGCUCUUCUGAACGUGCAUGUCAGAGCCUCUCUAUACAGUAUUAAAGGUCAAUCUGUUCAUCCUGUGGCUGCAAACAUCCUCAAGUUAAAUCGCAGAGUCAGCACCUUUAUUUUGUAGCUUUUGUUUUUUGUUUAGUUUCUAAAAAGACUCUGAGACGAGACACAGUGAACAGACUCGGGGUUGAUGGAUGAGUGUUUGUGUUAUCUGUGGUGAGACAUCAGCUUUUAUGGCUUUAGGACAAAGGCUACUGAGACAAGCCAUAACAAAUCACCGACGUGCAGUAGUUUACACAAUCCAUGGAAUAUCCACAUAGACAUUUAAUAUUCAUUACAAGCAUCUGAGACUACUAGCUUUGACCUCUACACUUGUUUCUGUAUGGUUUAAAAAUCUCUCAUCAGCAGAAGCAUGAGGUGCAAUAAAUGAAGUGAUUACCCUCCUGAGAAGCUGUGAUGUGAUAUGAUGAAGGUAUGUUAAUGCAGGGAACAGCUUGAUUUUGCACUAAUGAUCGUUGAAUAGGUACGGGUGCCUUAUGAGUCCUGUUAGAAUCUGAUCGUUUAUGGGUUUGUUUAGUGCUGAAGACUGCAGAACAAGGCUUUAUUGACUGAUAACACAGCAGCCAUAAAUGUUCCGUAGAUACACGGUGAUAUGUUUUUUUUUCAUUGUCUGUACAUGUGACCUACAGCUUAACAUGAAGCCUUAUUUGUGUGUGUUGCUGUGUUUAUAUUACAGUGAUCUCAUUAGUUUGGAAGCUUUGGGGUUUUUGUUAGUUUUCUGCUGAGCUUCCCGUUAUUACUAUUGAUGUUUUGAAAUUAUUUUAGGUCAAACUACGUAAAUAAAAGUGAUUCCUUAACUAA